CAAAGGACUCACUUUAGUUGCUGUUCGUAUUCGACUUGUGUAAUAUCAGUAACUAAUUCUACAAGUUUCUAAUUUUAUUUUUAAGGAUUAUAUUAAAAUGAAUAUUCGAUGCGCGAAGCCAGAAGACUUGAUGAACAUGCAACAUUGUAACUUGCUUUGUUUGCCUGAAAACUACCAAAUGAAAUAUUAUUUCUAUCAUGGUUUGUCCUGGCCACAGUUGUCUUAUGUUGCAGAAGAUGAAAAAGGAAAGAUAGUGGGAUAUGUAUUGGCCAAAAUGGAAGAAGACUCAGAUGAUGAUCCACAUGGACAUAUCACUUCCUUGGCUGUAAAACGAUCACACAGACGUUUGGGACUUGCUCAAAAAUUGAUGGACCAGUCAUCUAGAGCAAUGGUUGAAUGUUUCAAUGCCAAAUAUGUAUCUCUACAUGUUCGUAAAAGUAAUCGUGCAGCUCUUCAUCUGUACACCAACACAUUAGGAUUUACGAUUAAUGAAAUUGAACCAAAAUACUAUGCUGAUGGGGAGGAUGCUUAUGCAAUGAAAAGAGAUUUAAACAAAUUGAAUGCUACAGAUGUUGACUCCAAAGGAUCAAACAAAAAAGAAUGACUUCAGCAUUACCUGUAGAAAACUAAAUGAGUUAAACCUCCAUCCAAAUGUUCUACUUUAAUUCUUUCUAGUUUCAAAGACCGAGAUAUUUCAAUAAAUUUUAAUUCAUCAUUCAACCUGGAGUUGUAAUGAAGCCUGAUGCACUGAAGAAGAAAAGCCCCAGGAAAAUAGGGAAGCAACUCCAGUAUUCUAAAGCAGCUUUGUUUGUCCGCAAACCACAAGUGUGUGUCCCUGAAAUAAAUCUAAAAUUUUAAUACAAAACAAAGACUUUUUCCACUAAAAACUGAAAAUAUACCUGUACUUCAUUCAAAUUCACACUCAUCAUACAAAUAUGAAGUAGUAUUUAGUUUUAAUAAAAAUCUUUCAAAACCUUUCUGUUCUUCAGUAAGCCCACACAUGAGUUAUUGAUAGUGAAUAUUUUAAUGAACAACAAAAUAGUUAAAAAUUAAUUUCAUACUUCAGUAUGUUACACACAGUUCACAAGUAUCAUGUAGUAAAUAAACAGCAAAAAACAGUUAUAAAGGUACCCUGAACUUCAUUAAAUCUACCCUAAGCUUUUAAAAAUAAGGUAGUAAUAAUAAUUUUUAGUAAGUAAAAAAUGACAAAAUGUACCUUUAUUAUUCAACAACUCAGAAACAAUAAUAGUUUAGUCAAAUCAUUUCAAGGUUCUUUUAGGUGAACAGUAACACUACAGUUUUCAAUAGUUAUUUAACUUCACUUCAUGUGUUCCAUAUUUUGAAAACUAGCUUGUAAGUAAAGAAAAUAGUUUUGAUAAAAGUCAUAUCAUGAACUGUAUCAGACUUGUUUCCAUUGGUAUUUCCAAAUUCAACACUUUGUCACUGACCAACAGACAGCAUUACCACAAAUUCUCCCCCAAAACUUGUUAAUUAUGAAAAAACACAGCCUUACUUCAAAUGUGGCACAUUGCUCCACAGUGAUUUGUUAGUUAUGAGAA